AUGCAUCCAUAUCAGCAGGGAGGGCAAUACUAUGGGGGCUACCAGCAACAGCAGCAACCGCAUGGCUACCCACCACAGCAACAAUAUGGCCAACCUCCGCCUCAACAGCAACAUCCGUACCAUCAGCAGCAAGCACAUCCUCAUGUACAACAACAGCAGGACCAGAAGCCAACAACAUUGCCACCCAUUCAUAGUAUGAGCACCAUGGGUGCGCCCGGUAUGAUGCCUGCUCAUGCCCACUACAACCAAGCUCCAGUACCUCUGCCUCCGUCCUUUCUGCCCACCGGUAACUACUUCAGCCAUCCACAUCCACAGAUGCAUAUCCCGCCACCAAUGCAAGCCCAGAAUGUACCUCCUCCGGUAGCAGUCGCGCCUCCUCGCAUACCAUUGACGCGAAGUGGGCAGAAUGACAAGUACAAGUUUACCUUGGAAGUCAUGCAACAACCACAGCGUGCUCGGAUGUGUGGUUUCGGAGACAAGGAUCGACGCCCUAUUACGCCGCCACCAUGCAUCAGACUCAUCGUCUACGAUCUCAAGACUGGCGAGGAAGUGGAUUGCGACGAAGUAGAUGGGUCGUUCUUCGUACUGCAAGUCGAUCUCUGGAACGAAAAUGCAGAUCGGGAAGUGAACGUUGUGCGUGCUUCGAAUACUACUCCAAGCGCUAGCAUCAGUACUGCUACAACGACUUCGUAUCCUCCGAUACCCGAAAGGCAGUCAAUCAGUACGCUACCACUCUUGACAAGCGAGAUCAAUCAUGCUAACAAGCCAGUAGUGUAUGGAGCACCUCCAGGUUACCCAAUGGCCGCCGGACAAUACCCGGGCACGAUGGCCAUGCCACAGCAACACACCAUGUUCACCCGCAAUCUCAUCGGGAGUCUCACAGUCAACGCAGCUAAACUCACCGACGACAAGGGGCACGCGGCAUGGUGGUUCGUGCUCCAAGACCUGUCCGUACGAACAGAAGGCAACUUUCGGCUACGCAUGAACUUCAUCGAUGUCGGACAAGCCAGCGGUGGCCUCAAUAGAGGUGUUGCUCCCGUGCUGGCUCAUGUUUUCUCCGAGUCUUUUCAGGUCUACUCGGCGAAGAAGUUUCCUGGCGUCAUUGAGAGCACUGCGCUCAGCAAGCGGUUUGCAGCGCAGGGCAUCAAGAUUCCUAUUCGGAAAGAUGCUAGCAAGGAGGGUAGUGUGUCGGUGGUACAGGCGUCAGAAGAACAUUCACCCACGAAAGCUGAUGGGGGCUCUGGACACCUUCUGGCAGAUGGUCUUGAGGCGCAAGACUUGCACGGGUCAAGCAAGUUCGUCCGAACGCUUGACGAGGAAAGGCCUGAAGCGGUACUCGACGACGUCGUUCAAGGACUUGUACCGCCAGUAGCGAGUACUUAUCUGGACCGCUUUAGCAUUCCGAACUACAUACACCCUGAACUUCAGGCAGACUUUACAGACAUGAUGGACAUGUGGAAGAAGUCAAGGGCUGCCGAGAAGCACAAGGCCAGGCAGCAGAAUGUGCGUUAA